AUGUCUGCUAUCCCACCAGGAAACACUGCUAACGGUGAAAAGUUGUUCAACGCCCGUUGUGCCCAAUGCCACACCGUCGCCAAGGACGCUCCAAACAAGCAAGGUCCAAACUUAUAUGGUCUCUUUGGUAGAAAGUCAGGUAGUGUCCCAGGUUAUGCUUACUCACCAGCCAACCAAAACGCCGGUAUCAUGUGGGGUGAACAAACCCUCUUCGACUACUUGGAGAACCCAAAGAAGUACAUUCCAAAGACCAAGAUGGCUUUCCCAGGUUUCAAGUCAGCACAAGACAGAGCCGAUGUUAUUGCCUUCUUACACGAGAAAACCGUCUAA